AUGCAACAAAAAGAAUUUCUUGUCGGUUUUAUUUUGAUUUUAAUUUCAUUAUUAGUUAAUUUUGUUCAACCAUCAACUUUGACUAAUUUAUGUCCUGGUACAUCUUCGUGCAAUUGUACACUUACGAAUAAUACAAAUUUAGAUAUUGUUUGCAGUCCAACACCCGUUCUUACUGAAUUACCAACACUUAUCAAUGAAAUACUUCAAGCAAGUGUUACUCAAUUACGUGUUAGUUCAUCAACAGUUGGUAGUCAUGGUCCUCUAAUAACAUUACCAACAAAUAUGUGUUCAUCAUAUCCAAAUAUUGCUAUACUUGAUCUAUCAUUAAAUACUAUAACUGGUUUAUUAAAUACAUCUGAACUUGCAUGUUUAGGUUCAAAUUUAAUUAAUAUUGAUUUUUCAAAUAAUUAUAUAGAUGAUAUUGAUUUAAAUUUUUUUCAAAUAACUGAUCGAUUACAAUCAAUAAAUCUUUCUCAAAAUAAUUUAACAACAAUGCCUAUGAUUGAUCAAGAAACAUUUGUUAAUUUUCCUUCAACAAUUAUUUUAAUGAAUUUUAGUUAUAAUCAAAUAAUUAAUGCUGAUCUUUGGCCUUUAUUUGUUAAAACUCAAAAAUAUAUGGCUAUUGAUAUGAGUAAUAAUUUAAUUGAAAAUUAUACAAAUCAAGUUCCAAUAUAUGUUAAACAAUUUACUGAAACACCAGAUCCACGUGAUUUUUAUUUAAAUAAUAAUCAACUUAAACGUUUAUCUGAUAUUUUACUUGAACAAUAUGGUGCAUGUUCAACAAUUAGUCCAAUAAGUACAGCUUAUUUUUUAGUUGGUAUAUCAAAUAUAUUAUUAACAAAUAAUCCUUUAAUAUGUGAUUGUGAAUCAUAUUAUUUAGUAACAUAUAUUAAUGAUCAUAUAGAUGAUUUUCCACAACUAAUGAAUGGUUCAGCUCUAUUAAUACAAGCAAUAUGUACAUCACCUGAAUCAACUUUCGGACAAAGAUAUAUUUUUUCAAAUUUUUCUACAUCAGAUUCAUGUCAAAAUUAUACAUUACCAAAUACAACAGAUAUUUUUUGUUCUGUUUAUUCAAAUGAAACAAGUUUAACAUUAGCACCACCAACAUAUUGGACAAGUUCAACAACAAUAUUUACAACAAUUAUUAAUGGAAAUCAGACAACAUCUAAUUCAGAUGGAAAUACUGGUACUAAUACAGAUGGUUCAUCAAGAUCUACAUCACCAUCAUGGUAUAUUAUUUUAGGAAUUGUACUUGGUAUUGCAUUAAUACUCUUUUUCGUUGUACUCGGUGGUUACUUAUGUAAAGAUAGAUUAUUUCCACAAAAAUAUCAUUCAAAAUUAUCAUUAAAUGGUCUUAAACCACGUCGAGCUUCAAUGUCAACAUCAACAUGUGGUGUUGAUGAUCAAGAUAAUGGAAUGCUUCAAUUGGAUGAUCAUGGAAUACAUUCAGAUCGUGCAUCAGUAAAUGGUUGGAGUGAUAAAAUAAAUCCUGAACAAGAAACUCAAACAUGUUUUCAAAUAGUUCGUACAAAACCACCUAGUGGUUUAACACGAAAUCCACAAAAUAUAAGAAAAACUAAUAGUCUUCAAAAUUCAUCUCGUGAACGUAAAUUAUCAUUAUCAACUUCAACUGAAGUUGCAACAAAUACAACAAAUAUCGUUAAAGGUAUUCCAAUACCAUCAAUAUCAAAUAAAAUUUCUUCAAAUGAUAAUCCUACAAUAUCUAAUACAAGUACAUCUGAAUUAAAUAUGACAUCAAUUUCACUUACACCAUCAAAACGUGCUAAACUUUUACCACAAGUUAAAAAUGCAAUUGAUGCUGAUUCAGCAAAUAAUAAUUUAUUGAAUACAUCAGCAGGUGCACUUAUUACUAAUCAAAGGCAAAGACGUCGUAGUUCAAUGUGGUUACGUAAACAACAUCAAAAUACAAUAACACCACUACCUACACGACCACAAUCUAUGAUUGCACAUAAAAAUAUUUUUGAUAAUGAUGAUUCUACUAAUGAAGAAGUAUCUUCAAUUCCAACAAUGGAAAGUUUAUCUAGUAAAUCAUCUAAACCACCAUUACGAGCUUUACCAUUACUUAAUAUUACAGUUGUACCUGCUUGGAUUGACGAUAAUAUCGAUCAGAAAUGA